AUGCGGAUAUAUGAAGACAUCAGGUGCAUUUGGAUCAAGGAUAUGACUUGGGAUGAAUUUUGCAGGCCUGUUGUAUAUGACCAAGAGAACUUAGACAUGAAGCUCAUAACCCUCGUAUCAGAUCUGUCAAAGGAAGGUAUUCUCAUCUUACUUUACAGGAUUAUUGCUGAUAAUCUCGCGAAGGAGUUGAAGCUAAGCACCUUCACGGAAUAUGGUACUUGGUAUCACAAAAAGCAGGUUGGAGGAUGGUCUCAAUCAUUUGGUGGCCUAAGAGAAGGGAAAAAUGUAACAUUGCUAACAUACGCCACCGUUAGGGGCGCAGCCCAUGAGGUCCCCUUCACGUCCCCGUCGCAAGCCCUUACAUCGUUCCGGUCAUUUCUAAAUGGGUCCCCGAUUCCUAGACCCCAUGCAUAA